GAGAACUAUAUUUUCUAAGAGAUAAAAUUUAGGAGACAACAUAAUAGACUUUAUAUUUGGUACUCGCAGUUACAUCUCAUAUGGUACCGAUUAAACCAACCAAACGCACCCUAAAAAAUCUCGGUAGAUAAUUGUUGGAAAUAGUAGGGUAGCCUAUAAAGCGUAGAGAUUUGAAUCCAGCCUGAAGCAUAGCCGCGUUGCCGUGCGUUAGAGGCGGCGGUGAGUAGGCAAGCGAUACUAGCUAGGAGAGGAGACUGCAGGCACCGGCGGCGCGGGUGAUCUCUCACGGCAUCGCCGGAGCAGAUGGACGCUUCAGAUAGCCCCCCAUCCGGGCGACCGUCAUCCUCCGCCGUCGCGCUCUACGGGGACUCUCCUAUCUUCGAUUUCGUUGAUAGUCUAUCUCCCAUAGCACCACCGAAGCCUUUAGGUUCAACACAAAGUGUCCAGCUAUUCAAGUCAUCAAACUUAGCACCUGUUUCUUCAAUUUUCACCUCGCCCCAAGUUAAUCCACGAAAGGAAUCUAAAUCCACAAUCAGCUGCAUUGAACUGUCUGGAUCCGCAGCACUUGCUCCAGAAACUUGUACUCCUUUUGAGGAUGCAACAAAUUCACCAAGCAAAUGGCUUCAGUCCACCUUAUUUGGUAGUGAAACUUUAGGAGAUGCCAAUAAACAAGAUAUUGAUGGCAAACCAAAUCAUACUGCAGAUGUGGAACAUGUAAAGCCAUCAAGCACAUGCUCUGAUCAGAAUGGCUUUGACCAAAUGGACUCAUCGACUUCUGGAAGAAAUGUUCAGGAGAAUGAGCUGGCCAAACAGGAUAGCAAUGAUCUAGCACCAUGCAGUUUAAAUCACUUGAUCACACAUUGUGGUACUGGUAAUAGUGUCAUAUCAAUAUCAGAUCUGGCCUUAGAAGCACAGCAACAGAGUUGGAAGGUAAAAGGUGAUAGUAUCAUAUCUAGCACAUCCUUGGCAGUGGAUCAAGAAAAUUUGGAGGAUUCACGAAGAGAAGAUUUUGUUGAGCAAUUUGGUUCUUAUAUCCAGAGUGCUGCUGAUGGCACUCAUGUUUACUAUGCUGAUGCUGCAGCAGGUGUUACAAUAAAUCAUGACCAAGAAAUGCUCCCUGCUAUUAUUCGAAACCAGUUGGAUUCAAAUGACUAUAUUUUGGACACAUCCAAAGUUUCCAUUGAUGGCACGGCCUUAUCACAGCAUCAAUAUGGUACGCAUAGGUGCAGCCUUUUUAAUGACAAGUCAGGGACAUCUAAUAAGAGUAUGCAAAAUAUCUCAGAUAUUAAUCCUGCGAGUAUAUGUGGCAACAACUAUCUGAAUCCUGUAGAUCCUGCUCUGUGUGCAUUGCCUGGUAUUGGUUUGCAUCUGAAUACCGUUGCCUUGAAUUUAUCAGACAUGCCACUCACAAUUAAUCAUCCACUGUUAUCUGAACAAACUAGUCCAGCAACAGUAAUUCCUGGCAGUGAGACCGUUCUUUAUGGCAGUGAGGUGUUCACUCAUGUUGACAAUUACUCUUCUCAGAAAACCAUGCCUAAUGCUGACAAGUCUGGCCAACAAAUUCACAAGAAGAAAAGGCGCAAAUUACAAAAAGAUGAUGGUGAAUCUUGCAGACAUUGUAACUGUAGAAGGUCAAAAUGCUUAAAACUUUAUUGUCCAUGUUUCGCUGCAAAAGUCUAUUGUUCAAGCUUGUGCUCAUGUCAAGGCUGUUCCAAUAAUCAUGCACAUGAGGAACUAGUUUCUUGUACUCGCAAGCGGACUGAAUCUCAUAAUCCUCUAGCAUUUGCUCCAACAGUCACUCAUACAUAUGGGACUGUUUUAGAAUUUGGGGAUGAUUCUAACAAAACUCCUGCUUCUGCUCGACAUAAAAGAGGAUGCAAUUGCAGGAAGUCUUCUUGUCUUAAAAAAUACUGCGAGUGCUUUCAGAGUGGUGUAGGGUGCUGCAUAAGUUGCCGAUGCAUGAGUUGUAAGAACUCUUUUGGAAAAAGAGAGGGUGUGCUGUUGUUAACUACUGAAAAACUGGAGAAAGGGGGCAAAGCAAAAGGCACUCAUGGGGAGGAAGACAAACUUGCGUUUGGCAAACACCAUGUGGUUAGCCAAUCUGGUGAUAUUCCAGCGUAUGAGAAUCCACUCGUGACACCUCUGCUUGAGACUUACAGAUCUCCCUUCCUGCUUCCAUCUACAUGCUCCAAACUGCCACCGCCAACUGCUGGGUGCUCUUAUGGACUGCACAACCCUCGGCCUCCCAUGAAAUCGGAUGUUUUGUUCUCACCUCUCGAAGAUGUUUUGCACAACCCUGCUGAGAUGGUUCUCGGGAAUGGUUUUUCAGAUACCCAGGAAGUGGGUUCAUCUUGCACCACCAGCGUCAAGGUUGUUUCACCGAACAAGAAGAGGGUUGCCUCCCUGCAGAUUGGUACGGCAUUGUCCCCAAUCGGCAGCAGCAGCAGAAAACUGGUUUUGAAGUCCUUCCCUUCCCUAACUGGUGAUGCUGAUAGUGAGCCCCACUAAACAGAGUUCAUCAGCAUAUGACAACUGAGUCGACAGCUGAUCCCUUCUGGUACCCCUGGACCCUGGUUUUGACAAAGAGUUGAAAGAACUUGUUUCAGCACCUCUACCAUUUAGAAAUAUAGUUGCGCUAUCUUGACAGGCCGAUAACAAUUCUGCUAAAUGUGUUUGACCUGUCGCCGCCUAAGGUCAGUAUGUACAUAUUUCCACACCUCGUGGGGAAAAACUACAUACGUAUCGAAUAAUGAAUGUUUGAGUUUAGCACAGUA